GAAAGGAAAGAUCUGAAAGAGUUAUGGCAAGCUAUGGAGGGACAACCCAGAAGUGCAAGGCAUGUGAGAAAACUGUGUACUGGGUUGAUCAACUCACUGUUGACAACAAAGUUUAUCAUAGAGCUUGUUUCAGGUGCCACCACUGCAAGGGCACCCUUAAGCUAAGCAAUUAUUGCUCCUUUGAGGGUGUCUUGUAUUGCAAGCCACAUUUCGACCAAUUGUUCAAGAGGACAGGCAGCUUGGAUAAAAGUUUUGAAGGGACUCCAAAAACUGUUAGGGUAGACCGAUCAGAGCAGGUAGCCAACAGCAGAGUUUCGAAGCUGUUUGCAGGAACUCAAGAAAAGUGCGUGGCUUGCAAGAAAACUGUUUACCCCAUUGAAAAGGUUGCAGUUGAUGGCAAAUCGUACCACAAGGCUUGUUUCAGGUGCAGCCAUGGAGGGUGUGUGAUCAGCCCAUCCAACUACGUAGCGCAUGAACAUCGUCCCUACUGCAGGCAUCACCACAGUCAACUGUUUAAACAGAAGGGGAACUUCAGCCAAUUCGACAAGCAUGAGCAGCUCACCCUAGUGGCCACUGACGACAACAUUAUGGUCUAAAUAUCCAAUUUUUGAAUCAAAAUAACAAUAUC